AUGACUAAGAGGAGACCUCAAGGGCGCUCUCCGUCCUACAUCGUCUGCAACACCACGUCCUCAGAUGAGGUGCUGGAGAUGAAGGUGACGGUGCAGGUGGACAGGGCCAAGAUCCACCAGGACCUAGUCUUCCAGUAUGUGGAGGACCCCACCAUCGUGCGGAUCGAGCCAGAGUGGAGCAUCGUCAGUGGAAACACACCCAUCGCCGUGUGGGGGACCAACCUGGACCUCAUACAGAACCCCCAGAUCCGUGCCAAGCACGGGGGGAAGGAGCACAUCAAUCUCUGUGAGGUUCUGAAUGCUACUGAGAUGACCUGCCAGGCUCCAGCCCUCGCUCUGGGGCCGGACCACCAGUCUGACCUGACCGAGAGACCCGAAGAGUUUGGCUUCAUCCUGGACAAUGUGCAGUCCCUGCUAAUCCUCAACAAGACCAACUUCACCUACUACCCCAACCCUGUGUUUGAGGCCUUCGGUCCCUCGGGAAUCCUGGAACUCAAGCCCGGCACACCCAUCAUCCUGAAGGGCAAGAACCUGAUCCCGCCUGUGGCUGGGGGCAAUGUGAAGCUGAACUACACUGUGCUCGUCGGGGAGAAGCCGUGCACCGUGACUGUGUCGGAUGCGCAGCUGCUCUGCGAGUCCCCCAACCUCAUCGGCAGGCACAAAGUGAUGGCCCGCGUUGGUGGCAUGGAGUACUCCCCAGGGAUGGUGUACAUCGCCCCAGACAGCCCGCUCAGCCUGCCCGCCAUUGUCAGCAUUGCCGUGGCGGGCGGCCUCCUCGUCAUCUUCAUCGUGGCCGUGCUCAUCGCCUACAAACGCAAGUCCCGAGAAAGCGACCUCACGCUGAAGCGGCUGCAGAUGCAAAUGGACAACCUGGAGUCCCGCGUGGCCCUGGAGUGCAAGGAAGCUUUUGCCGAGCUGCAGACGGACAUCCAUGAGUUGACCAGUGACCUGGAUGGAGCUGGGAUUCCCUUCCUGGACUAUAGAACCUACACCAUGCGGGUGCUGUUCCCGGGAAUCGAAGACCACCCUGUCCUCCGGGACCUUGAGGUGCCGGGCUACCGGCAGGAGCGCGUGGAGAAAGGCCUGAAGCUCUUCGCCCAGCUCAUCAACAACAAGGUGUUCCUGCUCUCCUUCAUCCGCACGCUCGAGUCGCAGCGCAGCUUCUCCAUGCGCGACCGCGGCAACGUGGCCUCGCUCAUCAUGACGGUGCUGCAGAGCAAGCUGGAGUACGCCACCGACGUACUGAAGCAACUGCUGGCCGACCUCAUCGACAAGAACCUGGAGAGCAAGAACCACCCCAAGCUGCUGCUCAGGAGGACUGAGUCGGUGGCAGAGAAGAUGUUGACCAAUUGGUUCACUUUCCUGCUCUACAAGUUCCUCAAGGAGUGCGCUGGGGAGCCCCUCUUCUCCCUGUUCUGUGCCAUCAAGCAGCAGAUGGAGAAGGGGCCCAUCGAUGCCAUCACGGGAGAGGCCCGCUACUCGCUGAGUGAGGACAAGCUCAUCCGCCAGCAGAUCGACUACAAAACCCUGGUCCUGAGCUGUGUCAACCCAGACAAUGCCAACAGCCCCGAGGUCCCAGUGAAGAUCCUCAACUGCGACACCAUCACUCAGGUCAAGGAGAAGAUUCUGGAUGCCAUCUUCAAGAAUGUGCCCUGCUCCCACCGGCCCAAGGCUGCAGACAUGGACCUGGAGUGGCGACAAGGAAGCGGGGCGAGGAUGAUCCUGCAAGAUGAAGACAUCACCACCAAGAUUGAGAAUGACUGGAAGAGACUGAACACCCUGGCCCAUUACCAGGUGCCAGAUGGUUCCGUGGUGGCUUUAGUGUCCAAGCAGGUGACAGCCUAUAACGCAGUGAACAACUCCACAGUCUCCAGGACCUCGGCAAGUAAAUACGAGAACAUGAUCCGGUACACGGGCAGUCCCGACAGCCUCCGCUCACGCACGCCCAUGAUCACCCCUGACCUGGAGAGCGGAGUCAAGAUGUGGCAUCUGGUGAAGAACCACGAGCACGGGGACCAGAAGGAGGGCGACCGGGGGAGCAAGAUGGUGUCUGAAAUCUAUCUGACACGACUGCUGGCCACUAAGGGCACGCUGCAGAAGUUCGUGGACGACCUCUUCGAGACCAUCUUCAGCACGGCGCACCGCGGCUCCGCCCUGCCCCUGGCCAUCAAGUACAUGUUUGACUUCCUGGAUGAGCAGGCCGACAAACACGGCAUCCACGACCCGCACGUCCGCCACACCUGGAAGAGCAACUGCCUACCACUGCGGUUUUGGGUCAACAUGAUCAAGAACCCGCAGUUUGUAUUUGACAUCCACAAGAACAGCAUCACGGACGCCUGCCUGUCCGUGGUGGCCCAGACCUUCAUGGACUCCUGCUCCACGUCGGAGCACCGGCUGGGCAAGGACUCCCCCUCCAACAAGCUGCUCUAUGCCAAGGACAUCCCCAGCUACAAGAGCUGGGUGGAGAGGCCCUCGGGCAUGACGGCUGGAGUAGUGCAUGAGUGCCACCUCUACCGGCCUGUCACCCAACUUCUGGCCACCAACGGGGAGAGGUGGAGGUAUUACUCAGACAUCGGGAAGAUGCCGGCCAUCAGCGACCAGGACAUGAACGCGUACCUGGCUGAGCAGUCCCGGAUGCACAUGAAUGAGUUCAACACCAUGAGCGCGCUCUCGGAGAUCUUCUCCUACGUGGGCAAGUACAGCGAGGAGCAGCCGCCUGCCCAGCACUCACCCGCACCAUCAGUCUCUGAGCUUCCCUGUGUGUACUUGGCCCUCGGUCUGCACGAUGAUGAGGUGAUGCUGACAGAGGAUAAGAUCAAUGCCCUCAUCACAGCCGGUGUAAAUGUGGAACCUUUCUGACCUGACUUGUUUCCAAAGGCCCUGGCCAAGGGCCACACUGGGAGCCUCACUGCAGUGGGGGCUGGUGGCCCUGCUCCAGCAGGGGGCGCUGCACCAGAAGGAGGUUCUACCUCAUCCAGCACUGCUGCCCAGGAGAAGAAAGGGGAAGCAAAGAAAGAGGAAUCUGAGAAGUCCAAUGAUGACAUGGGCUUUGGUCUUUUUGACUAG